AUGUCCCACUCUAUACCAAUAACAUCACUGCCACCUCCAGCACUUAAAAAGUUGAAACUCCCAAAUGGAUCAGAAGAACCAUCUGAAUUCGAAAGAGAAUUGCUCGACAUAACCCAAGCUGUUCACGAUUCUACAGAUCAAACAUGGGAUAGACCACCAUUACCAUCAUCUUUCGAAGACAUAUCUUUCCAACAACUAGAUGCAGAAGAAUACCAUGAUCGUGGAAAUACAUAUGCUAGGUUUUUUGGUAUCACACAAGAAGGACACUCUGUCUUGUGUAAUGUAACUGGGUUCAUCCACUACUUUUACUGUCCUGUCCCUAAAGGAUUCGAAGAAAACUUGACAGAAUUCACAAACUAUUUAAAGGCUACCUUCGAUGGUAUUGAACGGGUUGAAAUAACAUCUAAAGAAUCAAUUUGGGGGUAUAGUAACAAUAUCAAAACUCCAUUUUUCAAAAUAUUUGCGAAAAACAACAUAUCCAAAAUAAGAUCUGCUUUCCAAAAUGGACAAGUACACAAUAUCGACCCGUGCAUUACUUAUGACAACAUCAACUAUUUAUUAAGAUUAAUGAUUGAUUGUAAGAUUACCGGUAUGUCUUGGAUCACAUUGCCACGUGACAAAUAUAAAAUAGUCAAUAAUAAAAUCUCAACCUGUCAAAUUGAAUGUUCAAUAGAUUACCGUGACUUGAUAUCACACCCUCCAGAAGGGGAAUGGUUGAAAAUGGCUCCACUUCGUAUCCUAUCAUUCGAUAUUGAAUGUGCUGGAAGAAAAGGUGUUUUCCCAGAAGCUGAACACGAUCCGGUUAUUCAAAUCGCUAAUGUGGUGCAGAAAUCCGGUGAAUCAAAACCGUUUGUGAGAAACGUUUUCACUGUCAAUACAUGUUCGUCAAUUAUUGGGUCUCAAAUUUUUGAACACCAACGAGAAGAAGACAUGUUGAUGCAUUGGAAAGAAUUCAUCACCAAAGUAGAUCCUGAUGUGAUAAUUGGUUAUAAUACAGCAAACUUUGAUAUACCAUACGUUUUAAAUAGGGCCAAAGCUUUGGGGUUGAACGAUUUCCCAUUUUUCGGGAGAUUGAAACGGGUCAAACAAGAAAUUAAGGACGCUGUUUUCAGUUCAAGAGCAUAUGGUACUAGAGAAAACAAGGUUGUCAACAUCGAUGGAAGAAUGCAACUAGACUUGCUCCAGUUUAUCCAAAGAGAAUACAAGUUGCGAUCAUACACAUUGAACUCCGUUUCUGCACAUUUUUUGGGUGAACAAAAGGAAGAUGUCCAACACUCUAUCAUUACUGAUUUGCAAAAUGGAACCAAAGAAACACGAAGAAGGUUGGCUGUUUAUUGUUUGAAGGAUGCCUUUUUACCAUUGAGAUUACUAGACAAACUCAUGUGUUUGGUCAACUACACUGAAAUGGCAAGAGUCACUGGUGUGCCAUUUUCAUAUUUGUUAUCCAGAGGUCAACAAAUCAAAGUCAUUUCACAAUUGUUCAGAAAAUGUUUACAAGAAGAUAUUGUUAUCCCCAAUUUGAAAAGUGAAGGGUCAAAUGAAGAGUAUGAAGGUGCAACAGUCAUUGAACCAGAACGUGGUUACUACGAUGUACCAAUUGCAACUUUGGAUUUCAGUUCAUUAUACCCAUCAAUCAUGAUGGCACAUAACUUGUGCUAUACUACAUUGCUCAACAAAAAUUCCAUAAAGGCAUUUGGGUUGACAGAAGAUGAUUACACAAAAACUCCCAACGGCGACUACUUUGUACAUUCAAAUUUGAGAAAAGGUAUUUUACCCACCAUUUUGGACGAAUUGUUAACUGCAAGAAAAAAAGCUAAAGCUGAUUUGAAAAAAGAAACAGAUCCUUUCAAAAAAGAUGUCCUUAAUGGUAGACAAUUGGCAUUAAAGAUUUCAGCAAACUCGGUGUAUGGGUUUACUGGUGCCACUGUAGGGAAAUUGCCCUGUUUGGCAAUCUCUUCGUCGGUUACAGCAUUUGGACGUGAAAUGAUUGAAAAGACAAAAAAUGAAGUUCAAGAGUACUACUCUAAGAAAAAUGGACACCCAUAUGAUGCCAAAGUGAUCUAUGGUGAUACCGAUUCUGUUAUGGUUAAAUUUGGGUAUCAAGAUUUGGAAACUUGUAUGAAAUUAGGAGAAGAAGCAGCCAACUAUGUUUCCACGAAAUUCAAAAACCCAAUCAAGUUGGAGUUUGAAAAAGUGUAUUUCCCAUAUUUGUUGAUCAAUAAGAAAAGAUAUGCUGGUUUAUACUGGACAAGACCUGAAAAAUUUGACAAAAUGGACACCAAGGGUAUUGAAACUGUGAGAAGAGAUAAUUGCCGAUUGGUUCAAAAUGUCAUUACCAAAGUAUUGGAGUUUAUCCUUGAAGAACGAGAUGUCCCAAAGGCUCAAAGAUUUGUCAAACAAACUAUAGCUGAUUUAUUGCAAAAUAGAAUUGAUUUGUCUCAAUUAGUUAUCACAAAGGCAUACUCCAAGCACGACUACUCGGCUAAACAAGCACACGUCGAGUUGGCAGAACGAAUGAGAAAAAGAGAUCCUGGGUCAGCACCAACAUUAGGAGAUAGAGUGGCAUAUGUGAUUAUCAAAACAGGUGGAGAUAAAAAUUAUGAAAAAUCAGAAGAUCCAUUGUACGUGUUGGAAAAUUCUUUACCAAUUGAUGUAAAGUAUUACUUGGACCAACAAUUGACAAAGCCAUUGGAAAGAAUUUUCAUUCCAAUAUUAGGUGAAACAAAGACCAAAGAGUUAUUGACGGGGUCACACACUAGAACUAUCAAGGUUGCGGCACCGAAAACCGGUGGGCUUUUAAGGUUUGCCAAAAAAUCAGAGGUAUGUGUUAGUUGUAGAACACCAUUGAAAAAAGACAAUCUUGGAGCUUUAUGUCCAAAUUGUAUCAAAGAUGGGAAAGGUCCAGAUCUUUAUGGAAACGCCCUUUCACAAAUGAAUUAUUUGGAAAAUAAAUUCUCAAGACUUUGGACAGAAUGUCAACGGUGCCAAGGCUCUUUGCAUCAAGAAGUUUUGUGUUCAAAUAAAGAUUGUCCAAUUUUUUACAUGCGUACAAAGGCACAAAAGGACGUUCACCAACAAGCAUUGGAAUUGGUCAAAUGGGAUAACACCAAUUGGUGA